AUGUUCAAGGUCAAGACGAGAGGCAUCAGCGAGAACGUGAUCAAAAGCGAGAACGUCGUUGAGAACGAGGUGACCUGCGAAUCCAUACCCGGGUUGAUUGCGGCCGUCUCGCACGAGUACACGUUGGUUGGCGACGUCUUGAAGAACCAAUGCGUGGCCAACGUCUCUCCGGAAAGCUGCAGCUGCACCAUCGUUGCAACGGGACCAGGUCCAAAACGACGGGGUCAAUACAUCGACCACUUCAUAUCCGAGGUCACUUACACGGAGAACGACGUCGUUGACGUGACGAGCCUCCAGUCGUUCAGGGGCAUCUUGAUGCACAAGGUCGAAGGCACGAAGGUCCAUGUUCGAGUUGUGCUUGGUCUUGGCCUUCGAGAAGCUUUCACAACAGUCGCAGCUGCUGUUGUCGUCGUCGGAGACGUCGGUCUCCUUGUAGCUGCAGAGGGCAGUGUCCUGUCCAACUCUUCAUUGUGGAAGGCCUUCUUGUCGUUGUUCCGCAUAGCCGCGUGGCCCGAGCCAUCUUGUGCGAGUCGUCUUGUCCGAAGUGCAGUCGUACAGAUCCUCGACCGUCCCCUAGAUCAGCGUGCCCAAGAGGACACCCUCCAGCUUGGCGGUCAAGCUGGGGUCGUGGCCUCUGACACUAGGUUUGGUCUCGACGUCCUCGUAGCUCGCUUGCUUAUCUCCCAUAACAGGCUUCGCGGGCCUAAAUUCGUCGAGCUUGAGCUUGGUGUUGCAGUCCCCGAUGGUUGUCUUCUCGAUGGGGCUUUCCUUGACGUACCUAGAUGA